AUGGACAGCUACGCUCACAAGCUGCCGAACCUACUAGAGUGGUCAAACAGGGACGUCGAUUACAGAGCCUUGGUCGCCACUGACUGGAGACCACUCAUCGGCGCGCUAAGCAACUGGGAGGCUAAAGUCCAUAGGGAGCCCUCGCCUGAAGGCAAUACUGGACCGCGUGAACCUACCAAAAUCUUUCAUGACAUGGGAAUUGAUCAAUCAGUGCUUCGCUCAGUUAGAAAACAGCGUCUGUGCAAUAAGCUGGUCUUGUCCGUCUCUGAUGAGGCUGUUCCCCUGGAAAUAGAGCUUCGUCACCCUGCCGAUAAGAAGACUACGGCGAUUCUACAAACGUUUCCGAAGACCCUACGGCCGGCGCGUUCAGCCUUCGGAUAUGCAGGGCAGCAGCAUUUUCUAUCUUCGGAAGAGACAGGCCUUUUUGCAAGACUCCGGAAAGGCGCAGUAAGAAGGGCAAAGAAAUCCCAUGGUCCGAAGAUAUCUAUGACGGUUAAGCCAGUUGGGGAAGACCCGAAUUUUUUGACCAUAAUUUUCAAGGCCAAAGGCAGGAUGGUGCAUGUGGUAGGAAGGCCACUGCACAUGUUGCACCGCAUUGACCCAAUACAGUGCGAGGCUACGAGGCAAAUGAAGUCGUAUUUGAACUACUUCCAGGAGCAGGGAAGCGUUACGUAUCGUGAACGGACUCCGUGGGAAGGAUUGCCAGCAAAUAGAGUGCAAAUCUCAUAUUCAAGUGACGAAGUAAGCUCUCAGAAUCUUACAGCGCUAUCUCAUAUACUACAAUUUUUAUUUUCAAAGGACAUUGUGGAGCAGAUCAUCGAGCGUUUUAGUCAAGGCCUAAGCUUCCAACUAACUACCGCAGGAGGCAUGCAAGGAACAAUUAACUAUCUCCGAGAAUGGCACCUCACUAAGAAACUGCUGCACUCUGCGUACCCAGAGGCAAGAAAGUUGCGAAUAGAGCAAGAUACUUCAGAAUGGCACAACCUUGAUCGGAGGCAUCUACAAAACAUGCUGAGACAAAGUGGCGUUGAUGGAAAGCCCUUCAAGGAAUCGUGGACAGUCAUUCUGAAUUGCAGCGAGUCUGUGGAAAAUAUAAGGUGGGAGGUGCUAGAUCUUGAUGUUGCUGAUCAAGCGCAGAUGGUAGUUAAACAGUAUGCACCCGACUUCGGUGAUAUGGCAACGAUGGCGUCAGCGGUUGAAGCGGAACUCAACUUGGCUGCUAGCAUAGACCAUGUUUUAAAGAGGAUGCAGGAGACGUUUUUUGAUUAUGCACACAAAAGAACCUUAUACAUUGAGAGCCCAGGUGCCUUUCUUCAGUUUUUGAUCGAAUCGGAUUCACGUAAGCUCGCUCGCGAGUUCGAGAACUGGUUACUGGAGAGGCUUCAGGGCAGCACAAGGAACAAAAGAUGUAGACGUGGUUCAUUUUACGGGAAGGCGUAUGCACAAUACACUGCCCUCGUAGACUACUAUGAGAAGUUGGACCUCAUGGCUCAGGUUCCUGAUCUAGACGAAGUCAAGCGCUUCCUGCUUACAGCAAGCUUACCCAGAGGCCACUUAGUGCGCAUACCUCAUGAAGAGGAUCCCACACAUGGCGGGAUAUACAGAGUGGUUGAGCGUCUAGACCGCUGCACGUUCUUGCUUGAAAAUGCCGACCGGCUACAGGUUGCCACUGAUGCCAGUCUCCAUGUGGUUCGAAGAUUUGAGGACGGAGAUCGAAUUUCGCACCAGCAUACGCAGCGCCGACACUUUAAAUAUGUGGGAAAGGAUGCAACAACAGGCGUAUGCACAAUCAAAGACAAACAAUCGUACCAGUUUAAAGUGCGACAGGAAGAAACUACGUCAAUAAGGGUGGGCAAGUUCUCAGAACAAACCAGCAAACUCAGAAAUGGCAACUGGAUGCUGUCCGAUGCGCGCUCGGCGUAUAAUACCCUUCUUGAGUUGGAUAAUAACUUCAUGGCGGAGUUCGAAGUGGGACAAAGCAUUGUACAAGACUGCUACACAGGCCGCGCCUGCAUUAUCAGGGACGAUCGUGACUUUCCUGUAAUGGUUGAGUAUGCCAUGCCGGGUACCAUCAUCUCAAACACGCAAUUUGGUGCUCCCAAAGCCCGUGGAACUACGACAGUGGACCCGGCGCACAUGGUAGUUCUCCAGCAAACAGAACAAAUAGUUUCCAAAACAGCACAUGCAGCGUACUUGCUUCGCAGGGAAAGGGAAGAGUCAGCGGUUCUUGGACUUAAACAGCAUUUCAAAAGCAAAAUUUGCGGCAAGCAUUGCGCUGCCUGGUGGCUUAAGGCGAAUGAACUGAAGUCCAUGGUGAAGCAGUUUUCUGAAACCGGGCAGCCUGCCAUGACCCCUCAACUUGAGCAAAGCGCCCUAGCGAAGGCAUUGUCCACAACAACGCUAGUGGACUACUGGAUGCACCGCAUCUGCAUGUUCGAGCAGACUUUUCGAAAACUGUUUGCACGUCUACGUCUUCCGGAAGAACAGGAUGGUUCAAUUCCUUGUUCAAAAGUGUCUGCGAUCAUUAUUUUAGCAGUAGCAAUGAGUGAUGUUACUCUUGCUAUUCGACGGCGGGCCGUAGCCACUAGGAAAGCGCGCCUACAAAGAAUAGCUGACGUGCUCAGCUUUCUUGAGGAGAACGACGUGCCUGCACCGUGCACCUAUGAGCUCCCCGAAGCUGCUGAUCUACUGCAAAUUGACAUACCUUCCGACUCUGAAGAGUGCCGACAGCGGGACGCGGCCACGAACUUGUUCAUGCAUAUGAAGUCUCGCAUUGAUGCUGCAAACGUCGAGGUGGGGCUGCAGGUGUACGACAACCACGUGAUACAGCAAGUCAGAGUAAGAUUUACUGGGACAAUCUAUGGUAGGGUAUCCAGGCUCUUCGUUUCAAGCAACGAGGCAGAUUAUCGCCUUCAAGAAACUGACUUUAGAGAACUAGACUCAGAUAUCAGUGACUUGUUCGCUGUCUUGCACCGCCCUUUCGACGUUUGGCAAGGGACAUUGAAGCAACUGCAAAAUGAAGAACUGCUUAAUAUGAGGAUGCAGCAACAAUGUCCAUUUAGGCCACCACAGCCAACUCGACAUGCAAAGGAAGCAGUUCCUGGUGCUCACAUCCAGCUGAUUCAGGGUUUUCUUCCCUUUGGCUACGAUGAUCCCCUAAACAGCACUCUACAAGAGCAAGGCCUCUAUAGGCAUGAAAAGACCGUUUUGCUUUUCACGGGGCUAUUUCUUUUGCAAAUCUCCGCUAGGGGCAGCACCUUCGCCAACUCCGUUAUCAGAUUCGUUUUAGAGGAAGCAGCGCCCGAUGAAUUUUUUAAGGCACUCGAAGCUUUUAAAAAGGACGUAAACUUCACUGAAGUUGCAUCCUUUCUACCUCCGCCUGUUGAGGGACUCGAUGCAAAGGCAGACACGAUCGUAAGAAUUGGCGACAAGGCUUGGCAUGGCACUACGCUUGUGACACUCGAGAAAAUCGAAGGUGGUGUCAAGUUUGUGAGGCCGACUACGACGGACGAAGAAGACAGCACUUCAGUAGCUAUCACAGAGCCUCUUUUCUCUGCUGAAAAAGUCAGCGUAGGAGAUCUAGUCAACGUUUCUGGCAGUAAAGUGAAGUACGAACUCCUGCACAUUACGCCGCUUACCUCAACGACCUGCGUAUCAAAGCUUCGCCGGAAGAAGUCUGAGGAAAUAAUUCUUUCACGCGAACCUCUUUUCAGGCUAAGCGCUUCUCAACACGACGAAGUUCUUGGAACGACUCUAGAUCACAUCGCCGGCGCCUACCCAAAAAAUGAACUGUACGUGGACCUGAUACUUUUCUUACAAGAGUUUCAUAAGACAGAAGGUGCUCGUGUCAGUCGCACCCAGUUCAAGAAGGUUCUGGUUAUACUCGAAAGCCAUGGCCGAGUUUCAGCUACUGAGAAGGAGUCCCUACAGACCACAUUUGAUCGCCGUUUGAAUAGGGAAGCGUUUUACGAUGCAGUGGAUAAUGUGAAGAAGCGUACAUAUGAUUUGCUGACAGACCUUCGAACGAGAAUUAGUUCCAGUAGUCCACCAGGUGCCAACGAGGAGCUACUAUUUGCCUGGGGAAGUGCGACCAUUGCAGCGCUGGAGGCAAUGUGGAGAGCCAGAAGCCUCUGGAGAACGCUUCAUAGGAUCUUCGAGAUGGGUCUAUUGAAAUUUUUUGGCGAAGUCAAUACCUUAGCGCAACGCCCAGAUAUUUUAUCAGCAUUAAAGGUUCUUAAUGUGGACGCUUUGAGAGAGCAAGGACAAAAGGCUAUAACUGCAUACGUUGUUUCAUCCGGCAAACCGUUGUUGUUGCCUUCCAUUUCUGAUGCUGUGGAUAAAGUGUCUUUUGAGAGCAUGAUUCCUUCUGAAGCUCGCUCAACAACGCUGCAAUUCUUCAACUUCGUCGGAGACGGUGUAAUGCCAACGAAAAAAGCAUUGAAGAUGUGGGAGGACUAUGUCACGACAGUUGCUCGCCGACUGGAGGAGUUUGCGACACAGCAAGAUGCGCUGGACAAGUACCGCAAAUCCCUUCAAUCCAAGGACGCAGCCAUUCCACAAAGUAGUUUGAAUGCUUCCUGGACGGACAAGAUCGUUUUUAGACUGAGCGAGGUCAUCGGAUCGUUGAUGAAACAAGAGCUGGGAAACAAGCUUCAUCCAGCGAAUAUCAAAAGCAAACUGCAGCCACUGCUCCUUCAAGAACUCGUGACUGUCAGUGAAUUGCCAUUAAACAGUGACGGCGAGGAUAGGCUCCGCCACCAGUAUUACCAGCUUUCCCAAAAGUAUGUCGAUCAGCUUGUUUCCAGUGAGGUCAUUGAUAUUGACGGUGUUCUUGACGUCAUUGGCCAACUGGAAAAGGCACUAUCGAAUUUGUUGACCCCAAUCAUAGAUCAGGCUAUCGGACUUGUUAAGAAGGCUGCACAGAUUAUUUCAAAGCCCCGAGAAAAGCAAGAGCAUUACGUCAUUGCGUUUAAUGCACUUGCUGCCUCUCUCGAGAAAAUAGAUACGGCAGUGACUCCAACAGAGGAAAAAAGCGAGCCUGUCGAGGUUUCUGGGGCCAUCAGUGGCACUACAGCUAUGAGCCCAAUGAAAGAUAUGGGGUCUCUCAAGCGCAUCUAUACUCGUUUUCUUGCCAAGGGUGCUGGCGCCGUCAGUACGGCAGGUGCCCACCUCCUGAGUAAAAUAACGGGCACACCUAUUCCAGACCAUCUGACAAACCUCUUGCUAAUCUUCUGGACUCCCAUAAGAGCUCGAGCGCUAAAUGCUAUUCUCAAAGCUGCAUUCAGUGCAUUCGAAGGCCCGAAUGCAGCAGCAUCUGCCCUUUCUGUGUCAAAUGGAUUGUGGAACUCAGCAAUUCAGCCCGUUGUUGACAGCAUGAAGGUUCAUAUAGAUAUAUUUACGCGACUGCUUGGUGAACUCGACACAGGUAAGGGGCUGACUCGUGAUUGGUGGAAGGAGGUGCCUCUUCUGGCUUUUAUAAGGCCCAUGCUGUAUAACGUUCGCUCCGCCCUCCUUGACCCCAGCAACUUAUACAAAUUCUGGUAUCAAAUAAAGAUUGCUACCAGCGCCUCAUCUGGUCUUUACAAGGUACUGACGGCACCUGUUAAGGGUCUUGGCGCUUACGUGUACCUCCUCCUGAUUAAGAUCCUGAACGGGAUUCUACCAGCUGAAAACGGCGAUUUUCUUCUACCGCGGGAGUUCCGCGGAAAGGUGGAGGAAAGGCCAGAUUUGGAUAUAGUGUUGGCAAAUCCUAAAGACUUAAUCAAGUUUUUGCACCGCUUGUUUGAUGUAUUGUUAAAGGUGUACGUCCCAAUGGUUCGUGAGUUAUUUGACACUGGAAUUCAACUGCUUCUGCAGAAGGUAGCACGCCACCUUGCAAGCGAUGACGGGACACUCGACAUGAGACGGCUACUUAACAACAUUGCUGACCACGACGUGGACGGAGAAUUUGAAGAAGUUCUACGUGAUCUGCUAUUCAAAAUUGCAGACGACAUGUUGAGACUAUGGCCAGCAAUGCCCCUCGGUUCACCCCAGCCUUGGCAGCAAAUGUAA